AUGUUUUUGCGACAGAUCCGCCGGUACUCGGUGCAGAUCGCGGCGGAAAUCGCCAAUUGCGUGCGCGAGGGCGGCCCCGUGGUCGCUCUGGAGAGCACGAUCAUCACGCACGGCCUGCCGUAUCCCGCGAACCUCGAGAUGGCCCAGAGCGUGGAGCAGCUCGUUCGAGCCCACGGCGCGGUUCCGGCGACUGUGGGGUUUGUGAACGGCGUGCCGAAGGUGGGGCUGUCCCAGGGCGAGCUCGAGGCCAUGGCCCGGCCGGGCAACAAGCACAAGGUCUCCCGCAGAGACAUCCCGUACGUGAUGGCUCGGCAGCUGACCGGCGGGACGACAAUCGCUGCGUCGAUGAUCCUUGCCCAUCGCGCGGGCAUCGACGUGUUUGCGACGGGCGGGCUGGGCGGCGUGUCGCGGCCGUUUGAGCUGAUGGACGUGAGCGCAGAUCUGGACGAGCUUUCCAAGACACCGGUUGCAGUGGUCUGUUCCGGGCCCAAGUCCAUUCUGGACGUUGCGCGCACGAUGGAGUAUCUCGAGACGAAGGGCGUGCCCGUGGCCACGCUGGCAGACGGCGCGAAGACCGCCAACGUGCCAGGAUUCUACACUAGAGACUCCGGCGUGGCCUCUCCGUUUGUUCUGGAGACCACGCUGGAGGCCGCGCGGCUGGUGCACAGCGGCAAGGACGCGAUGCGGCUGGAGAACGGCUACGUUUUCUGCGUGCCGCCGCCCGCGCAGAUCGCGCUGCCGGCAGACUACAUCAACGCGGUCAUUGCGCAGACACAGCAGGAGGCGGAGGAACUAGGCAUCUCGGGCAAGCAGCUGACGCCGUUCAUGCUCGGGCGCAUCAACGAGAAGACGGACGGGCUGAGCGUGAAGUGCAACGUCGAGUUUGUGCGCAACAACGCCGUCGUGGGGGCGCAAAUCGCCGCAGAGCUCGCGCAGCUGCGCAACUCUUUUCAGCCGGCACAGCAGCCUGUUCGGAGCGCGGCCGCAAACCCUGCCAGAGCGGUCGUCGUCGGGUCUGUCGCGCUGGACUCCGCCAGCACGGUCGGCGCCGUCCGUCUUCACGACUCGUGUCCCGGCACAACAGAGCACUCUGUUGGCGGCGUCGGGUUCAACGUGGCUCUUGCGGCCGCGGCCGUCGGCGGCCCCCAGAACGUGGCGCUGGUCGCGGGCCUGAACCAGGCAGACGUGGCCGGCAGAACCGUCAUGGCAGCGUUUGCCGAACGCGGCCUCAGAACAGACGGGCUCGUCGACCUUGCGGGCCGCACCGCGCAGUACACGUCUGUCCACGACCACCGCGGCGAGCUCGUCAUUGCGUGCGCGGACAUGGCGAUCGCCGAGCAGCUUGCGCCGCAGCAGGUCGUGGCGAAGCUCGAGCAGCUGGGCCCGAACUACGUGCUCAUGGACACCAACGUGUCGGAGGCGGUGAUGGACGCGGUUUUUGACAGCUGCAACGGCGCCACGCGGCUGAUCAUCGAGCCCACCAGCGGCGCAAAGGCGCGCAAGCUCGCAAACACCGCAAAGCUCGGCUGUUUCCCGGAGAAUAGAGUCCAUCUGAUCACUCCCACGGUUUUGGAGCUGGAAUCGCUAUACGACGCUUUCUCCGCUGCCGGCCGGCUCGAGGCGGUCUCGUCGUGGUUCAACGUGCUGGACUCGCUCAACAUCAACUCUGCGCUGCGCAACAAGCUCGAAAAACAGCCAACGGCCAGGGCAUACCUCGAGAAAGGCGUGCUCCAGCAGGCGUUCCAGCUGCUACCAUACUUCCCAGCUAUUCUGGUGAAGGACGGCCGCAACGGCGUGGUGCUGGUGGAGAUUGUGGGGUCUGAGACGGCCGAGGGCUCGCAUUCCGCUGCGUUCAGCGUGCUCCACCGCGGCCGCAACGGACUCGGCGUGCUCGUGAGCCACUACCCUGCGCCUAAAAUAGAGCCAACGACGAUAAAGAACGUCACCGGCGCGGGCGACAGCCUGGCAGGCUUCCUGCUGGCGAAGCUCGCACAGACGCGCGGGCUCCCUUUCGCAGCAGAGCGCGACGCUCUCGUGCACGGCGCCCAGCAGGCCGCCGCCGCCAGCCUGCAGACCAGCCGGGCGGUGAACUACGCGGCUCUCGCGCGAGCCCCGAUUACGUAA